AUGCUAUCGUGCGCAGCAGGCCUUGAAAUCAAUUGUUGCCUUGAUAGCUGGAAGGAAGAUUCCAGUGAAAGCGAACAGGGUCGAAAUGAAUUCGACGAUGAUAGUUUACAAGAUUCAAAAAGUGCCAAUAGCAACGUACAUUUUACACUUGGAGAAGAUGGUUGGGAAGACGAAAUCACUCCGAUGCCUGUACUCCAGAAAAAAAUUCAUAAAAGUUCAAUGAGUCGUUGCCACAGUCAAGACAAUAAUUGCGCAUCUCCUUUCGACAGGGAAAAAGAUAAGGAUCGUUCUCUGUUUUCUCAAUCGAAAUUAUCUCAGUCGGAUUCAAAUUUGGACGGACCCUCUUCCGUCCUUAAAUAUUCUCAAAUAAAAAAACUUCCAAGGGAAUUAUGUUCGGGACCGGAGGAUUUAAAAUCCGUGAGAAAAAUUGAAGAGCAGUUGAGAAAAAAUUCAGAUAAUAGUAAAAUGAUAAGGAGGAUAAGCAAGGAUCAACCGGAGGAAGAUCCAAAAUUUGUGUUUCUUAAAAGUUACAAAGAUAAAGAAAUGAUGGAAGACGAUAAAUUGUUGGGUUAUCGACAGUCGAGGGAAAUCGCCGCCGACGAUUUCCGGAGAAAAUCGGAUUCUCGUGACGGUCCCAUCGACGGAUCGUCGUCGAAUUUUCGACGCACGACGAGCGACGAUUUUCGUAAAUUACUAGGGAAAGAAAUGGUCGUCGUCGGUGACGUGAAAAAAAUGACGACGAGUUCGGAAGACGGUAGAAAAGCGACGAUGUCGACGGCGAUGACGACGACGACGACGACGACAGAAGACUGCAAAAAAAUAUUAGAUAAGGUUAGAACGGAUGAAUUGAUGAAAAGUAAUAAUUUAUUAUUGAACGACGAAAAAGACGAAACGUAUUCGACGGAUUCGAAUUCGACCGCAGCAGACGAAACGGACACGAAGAAAAAAAAAUUGAAACUUUUUGGAAAUUUCCGUAAGAAUAAAUUGAAACUUUCAUGA